AGGAAACCUAGAGGGAAGUGCUGUCAUUUUUUCUUCGUUCAGUGUGCUCGAACAAGUCCUGGUUGUAUUUUUUAAUGACUUACAAUAGUAUAGUGGUAGAAUUUUGAGUUGUUUUUUAAUCAAACUUGUUGUCUUUCUUUAUCUAUUUUUUAUUUGUGUUUCUUUUUUAUUGUCUUCUCAAAUUUUAUGCUGAGCAUUCACUGUUAAAGUUCUUUGUUAUAGUUGAUUAUAAAACAGAAUUUUCUUUUAAACAUUUUUUACUUAGUCUUAUUGUAGGCUUCUAUAAAAGGCACAGUGGCAUAUCAGUGAAUCGUGUUUUCAGCUUUUCACCAGUUAUGACUAAUGUGAUGUGAGCGUACAGUCAAAGGAGCUGCCAUUUUGGGGCUUGUGUAAUUUUUGUUCUUAUCCUAGAGAUUGGCAAAUUUGGAACUAUGAGUUUUGAUAGCAUUCCAUCAAAAACUGAGGUCAUGAGUUGGGAUCCACAGCACCUGGCUGACUUUCUGAAAAGGCGAGACCUGACAGGAUGUGACAAAGUGAUUAUAAAAUACAAUAUGAAUGGACAGAGAUUCCUGAAUAUGUCAGAGAAUGACCUUCAAAAAUUCCCCAAACUUCAUGCCCCACUAAUUUCCAAAAUAUGUCGGGAAAUCAACAAGAAAGAGGAAAAGAGGAGUUUUUUCCCAAAAAGAACCUCUGCACCCAAAUACCAAGAAACAGUGGAAUUUGCGCAUGAUGACCAUGACCAAGGAUGGGGUUCUGAAGAAUUUGAAAGUGAUGAUGACUAUGAGAGCCCAGAUUCAAAUAACAAUGCUGAAGGCAGUGGUGGAGAUUAUGAAUCAGCAACAGAAGGAGGAGCGGACAGUGAUAACGACUACGAGCCACCCCCGAGUGAGCCGUCUGAUGAUGCGCCGCAUCACCAGAUCUGUGCUGCCAAGCCCAUGUGCAACAGCGAGUACAUUGACCGGGCUCAUACUUCAGUCAAAAGCCAGCCACCAGUCCCUCCUGCACGUCCUGGGCCUGGUCCUCCCCUUCCAACUUCAGGACGCCCAGGUGUCCUUGGAUCAUAUCAGAGGACAGAUCAGUCCCCUCAGAGACUUCAAAAACCUCCUCCUCCAGAUCGCAGUAAAAAGCCAGGUACUCUGGAAAGAAGGUCUAACAAUGCACCAGUUCAAGGUGUGAAUGUCAGUGCCACAAAUGACAGGACUGCCCCACCACCAAGGAGCCAACCUGCUGGACCAGAGAAGUUUGUGGAACCUCUGAGAAUGCCCAAACCUCCACUGCCAGCUGUGGGGGUACGAAGGAGUGCCUCCUCACUCACCCCAAGUCAUUCUCAUAACAGACAUGCACCUGAUCCCAGAAAUGAGUUUCAUGAUGACAAUGCCAGACCUAGCUCCAACACUUUCCCCCUGCACUCCAGAAAUCCAUCACCAAGACCACCACCACAUGGACACAGUGGGCAACCUGACAGUAUACACCAGACUGGAUCCUUACCAUCAAGACUACAAGAGGCAAUUAACAGCCACAGGAGUAGUUCAAGAACCACACCACAACAAUCAGUAAGGUUCCCUGACCAAGAUACAUUUGGAGAACAGGACAUGGACCCUGCUUGGUAUGUGGGACAGGUUACACGCGGUCAAGCAGAGAAUAGUCUGAGAGUGGUAAAUAGGGAUGGAGCAUUCUUAGUACGAGACAGCUCAAAAGGCUCAGCUAGCCAACCUUACACUCUCAUGGUACUUUACCAAAACAAGGUUUUCAACAUUCAAAUUCGCAAAGAACAAAAUGGCUUCCUUCUUGGUACUGGCCUGAAAUCUUGUGAGAUCUUUCCGAGUGUCAGUGACAUUAUCAAGCAACAUAUGCAGAUGCCACUGUUGCUGAUUGAUGCUAAGAAUCGUGGAAGAGGUCAACAGAACCAGUGUGCUCUUACUCACCCGGCCGGAUUUUGACCCUCUACAAUAAACCUAUCACAACCACUGCACUAAGAAGACAAUAUUUUAACAGCAGAUGGUUAUAUAUCACAAUUGAUGAACAAAAAAGACUUAUGAGCAUUUCAGUUACAUAGCAAGAACCUCACCCCCCAAAGGAUUCAAUGCAAAGUUUAGAGACCUCUGCUGACACCACAAUCAAAACAAAUAAGUACGAGUUGACUAUGCAUUCAUGUAUUAGAUAUUAGGUUAUACCAUGACAGAAAACAUUAAAUGAUGAAUUUAGGGUA